ACGAAAACACUGUGCGCCGGAAAUACGAUGGAGCGCUGACUAGCCGUUCAACGGCCUCGGUGGGCAGUUCGGUCACCGGUAUUGUGUGAGGGCCGGCAGCCAUGGCGCCGAAAACCGGCAAGGUUGGAACAAAAGGCAAGAAGCAGAUCUUUGAAGAGAACAAGCAGACGUUGAAGUUUUACCUGAGGAUUAUUCUGGGAGCUAAUGCUAUUUAUGGAGCAGUGAAGCUUUUCCUUUUCUAUAGCUCAGUCACAUUCUGGACCUGGGGAUUGCUGGCCUUCGCCGUGGUUGUCUACAGCUUCAGCUACCGUUGGAUGCAAGGGAUGGCCCAGCCCGUGUUCUCUAGUGACAACACGCUUCUCGAUGGCGGCAUUGACCUGAACAUGGAGCAGGGUAUGGCAGAGCAUUUGAAGGACAUUAUUUUGCUUACUGCUAUUCUGCAAGUCCUCAGCUGUGUGUCUAUGUAUUUCUGGUACUUAUGGCUCCUAGCACCAGCAAGAGCUCUUUACUUACUGUGGGUGAAUAUCCUAGGACCCUGGUUUACUGCGGAACCUCCCACAAACUCAGAUGUAUCCGAAAAGAAACAGAAGAGGCAAGAACGACGACAGAUGAGGAAGCUGCAGUAGGGUGGCAGAGCUGUUCCCAGACCCUUGUUAAUAGAUGGAUUGCUGGAAGCUAGUCUCACCUUCCCCUCUCCCCCACCCCGCCCCUCCUGUUGCCAAGUUCCCAGUCAUCACUUUGUUGAAGCCCUGUCUGCACUGAGAGACGGUCACUGCUUCUGAACCACAGCCCCCACACUUCUAUGCUGCAUUUAUCCCGAGCCAAAAGAGAGCAUUACUCAAGCUUCGAAUCCUGCCUUGUGUCACUGAACUGGUGGGUGAAUCGAAGGUAAAUGUGAUGUGUUGACAUUUGUGGAUCACUACCUCAUGCUGCAGUUUGUUAGUUAGCCCCUGUGAUUGUUCACUGCAGUACUCCUCCCCAAUGCCUUGUCUCCCCAAAUUCAUAACCGGGGCGUAAUUCCUCAGGUGUUAGUCAUUGUUUGGGACUAAGCGACUUGGACAUUGCUAACGUGAAAGCCUUGGCCAAAGGAAGAACUGUGGAUGAACUGAGCUCUGCUUUUGGUGUCCACAUCUGCUUUGCACUGCACAGCCCGAGUGUGGAACUGUUGGCAUCAACGGAGACUCAUCUCUGACCCAGCUGAACAUCAGUGGAAACCCAUGGUCAAUUAUCCAACAUGAAGCCUGUCACCGCUUGACCAGGACCUGAGUCUGGAGAUCCUUGUGUUUGCUGUUGUCUCCAAUCUUUUGCUAAUAAGACCAGUCAUGUGCCAUUACCAUGCAACUGCAUGUCUUCUGAGUGCAACCCCAGCAGCCUUCAUCCCCAUACACAGACACACACUUUUUCAACUUUCGUACUACAAGCUAGCAAACCUGAUUCUGGCAGGUCAUUGCUCAGGAUGUAGUCCAUGGCCUCAGUUGUCUGCAUGUGGAGACAAGUACAGAAAUAGCAAGAGGAAUCUGUCCUUCAAGCAAUCAGUGACUCCAUCCACCACUUUGACUCUAUUUCCCAUAGUUUCCUUGGCUAGAAAAAUCCUACUAGUAUUGUCUAUUAAAUUAAUUGAGUUAAUUCCUGCUUAGUAGAAACUUUGCUAUGCAGGAACUAAUUGUUUACAUCUACUAAUUUAGUAGAAGUUCAUGAACUUCUUCCUUGUUCCUGAGUACCCUGAAUUUAUGACCCCUUUACCAUUAGUGAUUGGAAAAGUUUCCAAAUAGAACUUGAAAUUAUUUCAUAGGAUCUAAAGCCUGCAGUAUGAUACUGCUCCAGUAAGUUCAAGUGCAGUUUGUAAUACUUCCUCAAAAUGUAAAACUCCUUGGAAUGUUGGAAACCUUCUGCUGGCAUGCUUAAUCAAUCCUCCCCUGCAGGACUUGUUUUCUUAGCGUUCUCUUUUUCCUACCUCAGUUUUCCACAACACCAUAAGUUGAACUCUGCUACUCACUGAGUCUUUGGAAACACAAGCACAAAUUCUCAACAGAUACUGCUAAGCCAUUCGGAGCGGGCUUAUUAUCUGGAGGUGGUGUGGCUCAGAUGAGGGUGUAUAUUCAUGAAAGAUUCAAGACGUUGUUAUAAGAGUAGGGGAUUAUCCUGGAUGCCAUGGUAAGUAAUUAUCUCAUGAUGGUAUUAUUGAAUCAGAUUUGGGUUAUUACUAUGUGUGGAAUCUUACUGUGUGUAAACCUUUUGCCCAGAUUAUUACAUUGAAACAAUACCUUCAAUGAGUACUUCAUUGGCUGAGCCACCCUGAGACUAUAUGAAUGCAAGAACACCCAAAAUGGUGGAGGGACUUAGCAGGUCAUGGAAAAGAAUAAAGGGUCAACCUUUCAGGCUCAGACCCAUCAUCAAGACUGGAAAGGAAGGGGAAGGAAGCCAGAAUAAGAAGGUGGAGAGGGAAGGGGGGUGUUGAAGUGAGAAGUUAAGAGGUGAUAGUUGGAAAAGGUAAAGGGCUAAAGAAGGAAUCCAUUAUGAGAGCAGAGUAAAUUAUGGGAGGAAGGGAAGGAGGAGGGUCUCCAGACAGGUGUUGGGCAGGUGAAGAGGAGUGAAAGGGGAGUCAUAAUGGAGAAUUGAAAAAUAAGAAGAUGAAGAGAGGAGAAAUAUAAAUGCCAAGACUACCUUCAUGUGAAUGAACUCCUCCUUGAUUCUUAAUUUCACCUUGAUAUAAUGCUGUGCCUCUCAGUCAGACACUGAGCUGCAGACAGUCCACCAGUUCCAUAAGUGCAGGCACUGGGGAUUGGAAAGGGCAUUGGCGGGAUUGGCACAAGGACCAAGGGUUUUCACAGUAAGCCAUCUGCUGUCUGAAUGCAUCGCUUGAAGUGGUGAAUGAAUGAGGAGGCAGUGGCUGCAUGGGCCAACAGUCACCACCGAAUGACUUCGAUCUUUAUUUACUGUGUUACAUCAGUGACAAUUAAUUUAAGGUUUUAUUAAAAUGAAACAACCAAAUUUACAGAAUCAAAUAUUGAAUAAAUAUUAUAUAAUGUGCUUCA